AUGCUACAUUCUGCUCUGUUGACCGCAUUGAUGGUGCUGUUGUUCGGACCUCUGGAACCGAGCCAGUCCAGAACCUUACCCAAUCCUGACCAAACGGCACAGUUUCUAGAACAGUUCCUGGAACGUUACCAUGACCUCCUGACCCUCGAUGACCUUGAGAAUCUCACAAACGACCAGUCGGAGGAGCCGGUCCCCACCUUUAACUCCGGGUUAAAGGUCGGGGAGUACCCCAAAUGGAUCGACGUCCCGCCUCAAGGUGAGAGCGCCUGGCUCCGCCUAAUCAAGGGCGCUCUGGCCAAUCAGAAACGAGUCUCAUCCGACCGGUCCAGGAGGGGGUGGAACCGAGGGUGCUUCGGCCUUAAACUGGAUCGGAUUGGCUCGAUGAGCGGGCUCGGAUGCUAG